AUGGCCACCCCACGUGAAAAACUGGUCUCCUUUAGUGAAAAUUAUGAUUUAGAAGAACUCGAGUACUUUGAAGAUUAUGAAGCUGAGAAGAGCACAUCUUCGUCUUGCCGCUGUUUCCAGGGGAUUUGCUUGAGAUGGCGCCCAAAUAACGAUGGCAUACGUGGAAGAUAUCUACUCCGGCAACGGCAACAACGUGGGGAGGAGAAAGAAGAAAAUUGGUUGGUGAAUAAAAUGACGAGGAAGGUGAAGCAGUUGUCGGAGUCGGAGGUAUUGGGGAGGCCGAAGUGGAAGGAGUUUAGGGGGUGUUUUGGUAUGCAUGGAAUGAAGAAGAAAGAGAGGAUGCAAUUUCAGUAUGAUCCGGAGAGUUACGCGCUUAAUUUUGAUGAUGGAAUACAUAAUGAAGUUGAAAGUCAUGCGUAUCAUGAUGCCAUGGCGCAUCGAUGUGCAGCACCACCACCACCGGGGAUGGAUAAUGGCGAGUUGAGACGUGGUGGUUCUUAA